AUGGGCACGGCUGGUUUCCUGGUGCUGCUGCUGAGUUCCUCUUUUCUCUUUGAGGGGAAUUGUUUGGAUGAUUCUGGACAAAAGUCUGAGUCUUCUGAGCUCUGUCCGUCUGACAUUGAGUCAGUGCUGAGACAGAUGAGCGCUGCUCUGUCUGCACAGCAGGUGGAGAUCAGACAUCUGCAGGAGGGGAUCAGACAUCUGCAGGAGGAGAACAAACAUCUGCUGCUGGAGAACCAGGCCACGAGGACAGAAGUGGUCUCCCUCCAAACAGAAGUAGUCUCCCUCCAAACAGAAGUGGUCUCCCUCCAAACAGAAGUGGUCUCCCUCCAAACAGAAGUGGUCUCCCUCCAAACAGAAGUGGUCUCCCUCCAAACAGAAGUGGACUCCCUCCAAACAGAAGUGGUCUCCCUCCAAACAGAAGUGGACUCCCUCCAAAACAACGACAAAGCUCAAGAGGCUGCACUGGAGCGUCUGCAGACCAGCUCCUCUGUCACUGAACACAAAGUGGAAGCUCUGACUCACGACAAAACAGUGAGGCAGGUGGCCUUCUCUACAGCUCUGGUAGAGUCUGGAGGAGGUCAGUGGUUUGGUCCUUAUAGCACUGACACUACACUGGUCUACAAACAUGUGGUCACCAACACUGGGAACGCCUACAACCCACACACAGGGAUCUUCACAGCCCCAGUCAGAGGAGUGUACCACUUCCAUCUUCAUAUUUUUGAAGACUUUGGAAGUUACUCUUCAAGAGUUUCUCUGGUGAAGAAUGGAUCUAAGAUGGUUAUAGCUAACGAGUACGACUCUUCAGGGAACGGCUCCGCGUCCAACUCCAUGUCUGUGCUGCUGGAGGCGGGAGAUGUGGUUUAUGCGGUUCUCUGGAGCAGCUAUCGUAUUUACGACAACACUAAUCACUUCAACACGUUCAGUGGUCACCUGCUGUUCACCGUCUGA